AUGACUUCCAGUAAAAUUGAGAUGCCAGGGGAGGUGAAGGCAGAUCCUGCAGCUCUGAUGGCAUCUCUGCAUCUGCUGCCUUCUCCCACUCUGAACCUUGAAAUCAAAUACACCAAGAUUUUCAUCAAUAAUGAGUGGCAAAAUUCUGAAAGUGGGAGAAUAUUCCCAGUACAUAAUCCUGCAACAGGAGAGCAGAUCUGUGAGAUCCAGGAAGCUGACAAGGUUGACACGGACAAAGCAGUGAGGGCAGCUCGCCUCGCUUUUUCUCUAGGUUCAGUUUGGAGGAGAAUGGAUGCAUCAGAAAGAGGCCAUCUUUUGGAUAAGCUAGCAGACCUGGUCGAAAGAGACAGGGCAAUUCUAGCU